ACCUCGCGAGGGGAGGCGGGGCGCAGCAGGCGCGGCGAGCGAGGCGGAGUCUGUGUGUCGGUCAGCCUGCGGCAGCGGCUGCUGUAGUUCAGAAGAGCGAGGCCGAGGCCUGGGCCCAGCCCGGAGCCGCUGCUGGACCCGAGCCUCCUGGAGCCCCCGCGCCGGCUGAUCCUAGCGGCGGGCUCGGGCUCCGCCUGUCACCGCACGCAGGACCGAGGCUGCAUGCCGGAGGACCAGGCCCUCGCAGCCAUGGAGGAAGCCUCUCCCUACUCCUUGCUUGACAUCUGCCUGAGUUUCCUGACCACUAACCUCGAGAAGUUCUGUUCAGCAAGACAAGAUGGAACACUGUGUCUGCAAGAACCUGGAGUGUUUCCACAGGAGGUGGCUGAUCGACUUCUUCAGACCAUAGCAUUUCAUGGUCUCCUGAAUGAUGGAACUGUGGGAAUUUUCAGAGGUAACCAGAUGCGCCUAAAGCGAGCUUGUAUUCGCAAAGCAAAGAUUUCCGCUGUUGCUUUCCGGAAAGCCUUUUGCCACCACAAGCUAGUAGAACUUGAUGCCACGGGUGUGAAUGCUGAUAUCACUAUCACAGACAUCAUAAGUGGCCUGGGUAGUAACAAGUGGAUCCAGCAAAAUCUUCAGUGCUUAGUACUCAACUCAUUGACUCUGUCCCUCGAGGAUCCAUAUGAGCGGUGCUUCAGCCGGCUUUCUGGUCUUCGAGCUCUAAGCAUCACUAAUGUGCUCUUUUACAAUGAAGAUUUGGCUGAAGUUGCUUCAUUGCCUAGACUGGAGAGCUUGGACAUUUCUAACACCUCAAUCACAGAUAUCACUGCCCUGCUGGCCUGCAAAGACAGACUCAAGUCUCUCACCAUGCAUCAUUUGAAAUGUUUAAAAAUGACUACCACCCAGAUCUUGGAUGUUGUCCGGGAACUAAAACAUCUGAACCAUCUUGACAUCUCAGAUGACAAACAGUUCACAUCAGACAUAGCCCUUCGACUACUAGAGCAGAAGGACAUCUUGCCCCAUCUUGUCUCCCUCGAUGUUUCGGGGAGAAAGCAUGUGACAGACAAAGCUGUUGAAGCCUUUAUACAGCAGCGGCCUAGCAUGCAGUUUGUAGGUUUGCUGGCCACAGAUGCGGGGUACUCUGAAUUACUUACCGGCAAAGGACACUUGAAGGUGUCUGGAGAAGCCAAUGAAACCCAAAUUGCAGAAGCGUUAAGGCGGUACAGCGAACGGGCGUUUUUUGUCAGGGAGGCUUUGUUUCAUCUUUUUAGCCUGACUCAUGUGAUGGAAAAAACGAAGCCAGACAUUUUAAAGCUUGUGGUUACUGGGAUGAGAAACCAUCCUAUGAAUUUGCCUGUGCAGCUGGCUGCAAGUGCCUGUGUGUUUAACUUAACUAAACAGGACCUUGCUUUAGGCAUGCCUGUCCGGCUCCUCGCGGAUGUGACCCAUUUGCUGCUCAAGGCCAUGGAACAUUUUCCUAAUCACCAGCAGUUACAGAAGAAUUGCCUCCUCUCACUUUGCAGUGACCGGAUUCUUCAAGAUGUUCCAUUUAACAGGUUUGAAGCAGCCAAGCUUGUCAUGCAGUGGCUUUGCAACCACGAAGAUCAGAACAUGCAAAGAAUGGCAGUUGCUAUCAUCUCCAUCCUGGCUGCCAAGCUAUCUACAGAACAAACUGCACAGCUUGGUGCUGAGCUCUUCAUUGUCAGGCAACUUCUUCAAAUAGUGAAGCAGAAAACUAAUCAAAAUUCAGUGGACACUACAUUGAAAUUUACUUUGAGUGCCCUUUGGAACCUCACAGAUGAAUCUCCAACGACGUGCAGACACUUCAUUGAAAAUCAAGGGUUGGAACUUUUCAUGAGAGUUCUAGAGUCUUUCCCAACCGAGUCAUCCAUUCAACAGAAAGUUCUAGGACUUUUGAACAACAUAGCUGAAGUACAAGAGCUGCAUUCUGAACUGAUGUGGAAGGAUUUUAUAGACCACAUCAGCAGCCUCUUGCACAGUGUGGAAGUAGAAGUCAGUUACUUUGCAGCUGGGAUCAUCGCCCACUUAAUAUCCAGAGGUGAACAAGCGUGGACCUUGAGCCGAAGCCAGAGGAAUUCUCUUCUUGAUGAUUUGCAUUCAGCUAUUUUGAAAUGGCCAACUCCAGAGUGUGAGAUGGUAGCAUACAGGUCCUUUAAUCCAUUCUUUCCACUACUUGGCUGUUUUACGACUCCGGGAGUCCAGCUAUGGGCAGUUUGGGCCAUGCAACAUGUCUGCAGCAAGAAUCCUUCAAGGUAUUGCAGCAUGCUGAUUGAAGAAGGAGGACUGCAGCAUUUGUACAACAUCAAAGAACAUGAGCAGACAGACCCCUAUGUGCAGCAGAUUGCUGUGGCCAUUCUGGACAGUUUAGAGAAACACAUUGUGCGCCACGGAAGGCCCCCUCCCUGUAAAAAGCAGGCCCAGGCCCGACUGAAUUGAUAGCCAUAGAUAGUUGGGUAACGAACAAAGAACGGGAGGCAUUUUUGUGGUUGGUUCAUUUGGAAUAGUGUGCUCUCUGGUGUUUGGGGGCGGGGUGGGGGGGUUGUCCGUGGUAAGAGUCCUGUAAUCCAUUUGGAAUUGGUAAUGUACAGUACUGCCCAUGUGAACAGUCUUGAUUUGUUUUGUGAUUUUUAACUUAUGAGGCAAGAAAGGUCUUCCUUCAAUAUCGUUUAUUAGGAAAUCUUGCAGUGUUGAACUUAACCUGUGCUUGAAAUCCUCCAGUUUCACGAUAAGCUGCACGCAGUGUUACGCAGACUUUCCUUGCAGGCGAGCAGGGCUGCUGACCUGACUUCAGCUCCGCCUCGCUAUAAUUUUAUAUUGCUUUUGUAAAAAUGCCCCCAUCCUCUGUCACAAGAUGCCCUUCUUUGUGUGAGUGGAAGCUGUUGUUUUUCUAGAAGCUUCUUGCUAUCAGGAGCCUGAAUGGCAGUCAAAGGAAUAUAAAAUAAAGAAAGACCAUGACAGAAGGACAGAGUUGAAAA